AGCAUUUCAGUUACAAAUCGAUUUCAUAAGGUUUGGUAGUGUUUUACGGUGUUUGUUGUCGUUCGGUCGGUCGGUCAGACAGACGGACGGUCGUUUUACAAUCAAAACAAAACCAAGAAAAUCACUCGCAAAAAAUAAAAUCAAAAUAAAAAAAAAAUAAAUUAGCGAAAAAUAAAAAUUUGAGCGCGAAAAUAAAAUUAACAAAAAAAAAAAAAGAAAUUUGCAUUUCAAGUGAACGCUUGACGGACGAAUGGUGACGACAACACAGACGGUGGCGGGAAAUUUGAAAAAUUUUAAGCACGCGACUGUCUCGUGAAAAACAAGUAACCAAAAAUAAAAUAAAAAUUUAAAUAAACCGAAAAUAAAAUCAAGUGAAUAUUUUUUUUGGUGUUCUCUUUAAAGGAAAAAUUCAAAAAAAAAAAAAUGGACGUUACAAAAAUAAAAACCAACAAAAGUGAAGAAGCAAUGCGUCAUUUUGGACGUUAUCAACAACAACAACAAAAUUAAUUAAAGUGAAUUCUGAAGAAAAAAUAAACAAAAAACAACAACAACAAUUAAAAUUGUCAGCACGACAAACACAAACUAAUCGCCGAACGGAACCUUGAAGUGGCGAAAACAGCCGCAUACAAAACGUUUGAGGCAAUGAGAAGGUUUCCUGAUUUCAAAACUCAAAAGACAUUUAAAAAACAAAAUAGGCAAAAUGCCGCAACAGCCAAUAACGAUUGUCAUACAAUACGAAGACGGCAUUUUUCUUAAAAACAUUCCUUGAUAAACAACAACAACAACAAAAACAACAACAGCAACUACAACUACAACAGAAAAAACCAAGCAACAACAAAAAAAAAAAUACAAAUUUAUUUAAAAACACCAAAACACAGCCAAAAUCAACAACGAAACGAAGAGAAAUUGCUCUCGACGGAUUCUGCUGCAUAUCACAAGCCAUAUCGUCUCUGGAACAACCAGCCAACCAACCACCGAUCGAACUCAAACACCCACCCACCUGGAAGUAUAGAAAAUAAAUCUCUCAAAACAUUUCAACCAAAUUGUGUUCAGCCCCCACCCACCUUUGCACCACCAAAAAAAAUUUCUCGCGUUUUGAGGCACAAUUCUCGUCUCUCUCCCCCCCCGCUCUCAAAUGAAUUUCAAUCCAGCUGCAUUACGCAACAGUCUGAUGCAGGCCAAGAUCAUGGAAUGGACCAACGAUGAUGCCCUCGAACUAAUCGAACAGUAUCGCUCGCACACCGAGCUCUGGAAUCGUGCCGAUCCAAAGUACAAAGACAAGUUGUGUCGUUUUCGAGCCUGGUCGGAGAUAGCAGAACGUUUCGGUUGCAGCAAGGCCGAGGUGGAGCGUAAAAUGAAUGUCCUGCUGACACAGUACCGGCGUGAGAAACACAAAAUGUUGGUUAAACUGUAUCAGGGCAUACAGCCGAAUCCAUCCAAAUGGUAUGCAUUUAAGCGUUUCGAUUUUAUGGAAGCGGGAGGUGGCAGUGCCAGUUCAAUGGCGGCGGGUAUAGCGGGCGGUGGUGGUGGUGGCGGUGGAGGAAUAUUGGGUGCAGGUGCUGGGACAGUUAGUAGUGGUAUUAACGGUGGCGGUAGUUCCGCUUCGGCAUUAAACAACAGUGGCAAUAGUUCCGGCAACGGUGGCAUCACAACCAACGGUCAUCAUCAUCACCAGCACCAGCAGCAACAACAUCAUCAUCACAAUCCGCAUCAGCAACAUGCGGUGGCGGCGGCAGCAGCUGCUGCCGCUCUCAAUGGUCUGACAGCGUCCGGUUAUGAAUCGGCAACAGCAGCCUCCUCAGCGCCCACAAUUGCCCAGCAUCGACGGAUGAGAAGUAAAGAAAUGAAAUAUUUCGGAGCGAUGGGCCUUAACCUGCCAAUGUUACUUGCCAAUCAUCCGCCAUUGGAUUCCUGGCAUCCAUCCGGUCCAUUUUCCCCGCCUCAUGUCAACGAUCGCAAUCAUCAGCUGCAUGUAACCUUGCCGAUGCCAUUCUCUGCCCCCGCACACAGUGAUUUGAAUAACACGGCUGCCGGUAGUUUAGGUGGCGGUGGUGGUGGAGGAGGAAGUAGUAGUGGUGGCGCCGGCGGAGGAGGAGGCAGCAGUGGCGGACGAGCCAGUACCGGUGGGGGUAUUAUUGGAGGCCAUAGCAUAUUUGGUGGCAGCAGUAACAGUGACUUCACCGGCAGCCCCCAAAAACCCAUGGACACCACGGACAUCGAUAACGAUGACAACGACAAGGAACCCGAGGCCAAAUGUGAGCGAACAUCAUCGACACCGUCCAACAUGCAUGACACGUCGCUAACCUCAAACGAUGGCCGGCUGAGUUCGGGUCCUAACGGUGGUACACCGGGGGCCAUAAGUGAUGCCGGCGGAGGAGGCGGCGGCAGUGCAGGAGGCAGCGGUGGUGGCGGCACAAGUAGCUUAGCUGGAGGUAGUGGUGGCAGUGGCGGUGGUGGAGGCAGUGUUGGCGGUCGUCAUAGCACAGGUGCCUCCGGUACUGAUGCCGGUUCUAGUCCUAUACCAAAUACAAACACUUUUGAAGCUCAUAAACAAAGACACUUAAUACCGGGUGGCGCUCUGGCCAGCGGGUCAAGGGAUCAAGAUGAUCUGGAUAUUAAACAGGAACUGCUGGAGAAUUACUUUCAUGCACCCCAUCCGCCACCGCCGCCCGGCUCACAUCGUUCCUACAGUUCGGCCGAUGAGAAUCGCCAUGCGGGCGAUUGUCCCGAUGAUUUUGCUCAAGAUUUAAGGGUAAGUGCUGCAGCGGCGGCCGCAGCCAAAGGUCUUGACUUCAGCCGUUUUGUCCUGCCACCUAGUCUUAGACGUUCCACCGAAUCCAUUGAUGAGAAAUUCUCCCCGCUCAAUAUGCGCAAACUGACAGCGUCCAGUGCCUCGAGCAGUGCGGCCGGUCAAAUGCUCAUGAACUCGUUGCUCUCCAACGAGAGUAUGUCCGAGGACAACAACACCUCGAUCAGUGAACGGCUGAAGACAUCGUCGAGUGUGGGCGGCGGCAGUGGCGUCGGUGGGCCAAAUGGCCUCAGUAAUUCCCAGGAUGCUAGUUCAUCAGCGGCGGCUGCAGCAGCGGCAGCUGCUAUCUAUGCCGAAAGUCUGAAUAAAGAUGACUGCGAUUUUAUAGGUUCUAAUGUUAGCGUUAAACUGCGUUCCAUGGAUCGUACACAACGUAUUAUAGCUGAAAAACUAAUCAGUGAGGUACUCUACUAUGGUCAGUUCAAUGAGCUGGAGCGAAGCGCUCGAAUACAGCCCAAGUGACACAUCCUAGCGAAAUUUUUGAGUUCACGGUUUAUGAAUUAGUUGGAAGGGGGAAAUAAAAGGAGAAUUCCAUUUUUUUUAAUUGAAAAAAAAAAAAAAUAAAAUAAUUGAAAAGAGAAAUUAGAAAGCUGAGAGAAGUUGCUUCUGGAGAAUGCAAUAAAAAAUGAGAAAUGAAAUUUCGAAAAACCUUUCUUUUUAGGGGGAUAUUCUUUGAGUUUGGAGUAAAAAUUGUAGAAAUGCUUCUUUGUUAUUCUCCCUCUCUCUACAUAGGUCUCUACCUAUAUUCUCUCUCUUAAAUUUUUUAUUAUGUAUUUCUCUCCCGCUCCAAUUUUUCGUUCUCUCUCCAUUUACAAAAUAAACAAUUGAAUAUUGGAAGGUCCAUUGAUGAGGCCAGCCAUGAGAAACAGCUGUUUUAUCUCGAACUGUCAAAGACUUUGUAUUAAGAGUUAAUCUCUUGAAAAUGUAAACAAACAUUUUGACAAUUUGAAGGGAUAUCAGUCUAAUUAUAACAUUUUUUUAGUUUCUCUUUGAUUUCUUUAAUAGGCCUUGCAAUAUUCUACGUUGGAGAUAUUAAAUAUUCCAGAGAAAGAAGUAAUUUCCAAUAGUGUUCACAUUUCAGCUCAGGGUUGUAUUUCUUUGCAGAAAACACAACCCUGGCGCCACAACUUACCUGAUUUAAAGACAAGAAAUAUAGUUGAGCUAAUCUUUAUAAUCUUUUUUUAUUGUUAGUUAUAGAUUUUUGGUUAAUGUUUUUUUUUUUUUCUAAUAAAUUAUUUAGGGCUGUAUUACUGUCGUUUUGUUUUGAAAAUACAAAAAAAAAAAAACAAAGUUUGGGAUAUUCAAAAGCGAGAUGUUCUGUAAAUUGUAUUAGUCUUUAUUUUAAAUAUAUAAUUUUAAAAAUAGUUGAAUAUUUUAUGCUGAUAUGAAUUAAACCUUACUGUGAAAUUGAAA